AUGGAGUAUUGUGGGGCCGGUUCUGUCGCAGAUAUUAUGAGAUUACGUAACAAAGUUUUAAACGAGGAAGAGAUAGCUACUAUAUUAUACUACACAUUGAAAGGUCUAGAAUAUCUGCACUCUAAGAGAAAGAUUCACAGGGAUAUCAAGGCUGGAAACAUCCUUCUAAACACAGAGGGGCAUGCUAAACUAGCUGAUUUUGGAGUUGCUGGCCAGCUCACAGACACAAUGGCAAAACGUAAUACUGUGAUAGGAACACCAUACUGGAUGGGCCCCGGAGUGAUACAAGAAAUAGGCUAUGAUUGUGUAGCUGAUAUCUGGAGUCUAGGUAUAACUGCGUUAGAGAUGGCUGAAGGAAAACCUCCUUAUGGUGACAUUCAUCCUAUGAGAGCAAUAUUUAUGAUACCUACAAAACCACCACCAUCAUUUAGAAAUCCUGAUAAGUGGUCACCAGAGUUUAUAGAUUUUGUCUCCAAAUGUCUCGUCAAAAACCCAGAGCAAAGAAUUACUGCUCAAGAAUUGUUGGAGCAUGAGUUUGUACGGAACGCCCAGCCUGUAACAGUAUUACAGAAGAUGAUUCUAGAGGCAAAGGAGAUACAAGAAGAACAGACAUUGAACACCCUGAAUGGAGAUGAAUCUGGUGAGGAUGAUCUGGAGACAGGAGGAACUAUGGUGAGAAAUGAUGAGGGAACUAUGAAAGGAUCUCAGUCAGGGACAUUACAGUCAGAGAGUGGUACAGUUAUAUGUAACAGUGAGGCGUCCACGAUGGUAGAUUCUGACCUUGGUACGAUGGUGAUAAACGAGUCAGAAGAAGAAGAUGACGGUACUAUGAAACGACAUAGUACAGCUACAGGGGGUAAGGAGAAAUAUCGUCCGUCCUAUCUUGAUCAUUUUGAGAAGAAAGAGCAGGAAUCUCAAGUACAGCGUGCACAACCUCCGGCCCCAGCCCCGCAACCAGUGCCACAAAAACAAGUUACCCCACCCCAUCACUUCCAGAGGUCACUUAUAGAUGGAGACUUUGAAUUUUUACGCAACUUGGCAUAUGAAGACCUAGAGAGACGGCUCGCCGACCUUGACCCAGAAAUGGAGCGUGAGAUAGAUGAGCUGAGAGCGAGAUUUCAAGCUAAACGACAACCUAUCCUGGAGGCAAUAGACGCUAAAAAGAAACGACAACAAAACUUUUAGCAGGAUUAGAAUUGUCUCGUCAUGUGUAAAUGUUACAAUAAUGUUUUAAAGUGGCACGCUUCCGAAUUAAUGAACAAUUUUUGUAAAAAAUCACAAAGUUAGAAAAAAUAAAUAAAUUGAAAAAAUUGAAAAACAUUACAAUCAAAUUUGCCAUCUGCAUGUUUUCAGUGUCUAUUCUAGGAGGGGGGAUUUCGGAGAUUCACUCAUAUUUUUGAGAAUUUCCCCCUUUUUUUUUCAGAGGCAGGGGGAAAUUUUACAUAGUGAAAGAAGAAAAAAAAGGUCAACAAAUCUAAUUAAUUCUCACUUUUCGAUAAAAAUCCUCCCUUUUUUUCGAAUCCUAGAAUAGACACUGUUCUUUAAUGCAAAAUGUGUUUAAAUUAUUUAUAUUUUCAUUGCUAUGUAUUUUUACCCUUUUACUAAUAAAGUUAGGGUGAUUUCUGUAUAUUUUGGCAAGUUACAAGUAAUUUCUGUGUAUAGUUAUUGUUUAUGGCUAGACUAAAUCACUUUUAAUAUAUAUAAAUACACUUGACUAAAUUUGUACUAAACAGAAGAAUGCUUUUAUUUCAAAAUUGUCAUGAAAAAAUUGGUACAAAAAUGGAGGCAGGCUGCUUUAAUUUUUCAUGUGUUCAUAUCGUUUAUAAGGAAACUAUUCAUCUGUAAUAUUUGAGUCAUUUCAUAAUGAUAGAACAAUAGUGAGGAAAGUUCUGUGUGCAAACAUAACCAACCUUUUUUUAGCUCACCUGAGCUUGCUCAGGGUGAGCUUUUAGGAUCGGUGAAUGUCCGUCGUCCGUCCGGCCGUCCACAAUUGCUUGUGAACACUCUAGCGGUCGCAUUUUUGCCUCAAUCAUCAUCAAACUUGGUCAGGAUGCUUAUCUAGUUGAAAGCUCGGAUGAGUUCGUACAUGGGUCAUCUCGGAUGAAAAACUAGGUCACAAGAGCUAAAAAUAGAAAAACCUUGUGAACACUCUAGAGGUCACAUUUUUGACCCAAUCAUCAUCAAACUUGGUCAGGAUGUUUGUCUAGGUGAUAGCUCGGAUGAGUUCGAACAUGGGUCAUCUCGGAUGAAAAAGUAGGUCACAGGAGCUAUAAAUAGAAAAACCUUGUGAACACUCUAGUGGUCACAUUUUUGAACCAAUCAUCAUCAAACUUGGUCAGAAUGCUUGUCUAGUCAAUUGCUUGGAUGAGUUCGAACAUGGGUCAUCUCUGAUGAAAAACUAGGUCACAGGAGCUAAAAAUAGAAAAACCUUGUGAACACUCUAGUGGUCACAUUUUUGACCCAAUCAUCAUCAAACUUUGUCAGGAUGCUUGUUUAAAUAAUAGCUCAGAUGAGUUCGAAUAUGGGUCAUCUCGGAUGAAAAACUAGGUCACCGGAGCUAUAAAUAGAAAAACCUUGUUAACACUCUAGCGGUCACAUUUUUGCAUCAGUCAUCAUCAAACUUGGUCAAAAUGUUUGUCUAUGUGAUAGUUUGGAUGAGUUUGAACAUGGGUUAUUUCGGAUGAAAAAGUAGGUCACCGGAGCUAAAAAUAGAAAAACCUUGUUAACACUCUAGUGGUCACAAUUUUGACUCAAUUGUCAUCAAACUUGGUCAGGAAACUUGAAUAGGUCAUUGCUUGGAAUAAAUCGAACAUGGGACAUCUCGGAUGAAAAACUAGGUCACAUGAGCUAAAAAAUAGAAAAAUCUUGUUAACACUCUAGUGGCUACUGUUGUGAUCCAAAUAUUCUGUUAAUUGGUCUGAAAGUUUUUUUUGAUGAUUUCUAAGUCAAGAUCAAACAUGGGUCAUCUUGGAUGAAAAACUAGGUCACACCGCCCAAAUAUGGAAAAACCUUGUUAACAUUCUAGUGGUCACAUUUUCGACUCGAUUAUCAUCAAACUUGGUCAGGAUGCUUGUCUAGGUAAUUGCUUGGAUUAGUUCGAAAUCGCAUGUGAAACUAGGUCACCGGAGCUAAAAAUAAAAAAAUCUUGUUAACACUCUAGUUGCUACUGUUUUGAUCCAAGUAUCCUGGAAAUUGGUCUGAAAGUUUGUUUUGAUGAUUUCUAGGUCAAGUUUGAAUAUGUGUCACCUGGGUAAAAAACUAGGUCGCACUGCUCAAAUAUGGAUAAUCCUUGUUAACACUGUAGUGGUCACAUUUUUGACUCACCUGUCAUGAGACUUGGUCAGAAUGCUUGUCUAGGUAAUUGUUUGGAUGAGUUUGAUAAUUCAGGUGAGCGAUCUAGGGCCAUCAUGGCCCUCUUGUUUGUAUAUAUGCUCUUAUUUAACCCUUGACCUGAUGAAAAAAAAGUUAUAUGAAUUUGCCUAGAUUAGAGUUUAAGACAGUCCAUUAAAAGUUGAAGGGCAAUAAAUAUCAAAAUACACAAAAUUGGGCUACAAAUAGUAUAGAGUCUGGUCAGAGUGCAUGGAAGUACAUGUUUGCCUGGCUCUUUACUGGUGGCAAAAGUUUCUCACUUUCAGAUCUCACAGGGGAAGUGUUAAGAUGAUAGGAUAUUGGGGGGUCAUGUUUAUCUGUUUAAAUGGGUAUGGUUGGUUUUUUUUAGCUAAAAACCGGUUAGAAAAUUCAAUAACCGGUAAUUGAGGUUAGUAUUUGACUAAUGAGCGGAAAAGUUUUGAAUUGAUUCUAAAUAUUACCUUAGUUUUUUAUGACAAGAUAUGACAAUUGUUUUUAUUUUAGUUGUACUCAACAAUGUAUUUUUUUGGAUCUGAUCGAAUACGGUACAAUUCUAGCAGAAAAAUAGUUACUCCAUAUUCAGAUAUGUAUUGUAAUCAUUUUGAGUACAACAAAAUAUGAACAAAAUGGAAUAUCUUGUCAUAAAGAAACAUAGU